AUGGGACAGGAAAACAGCAAAUGCCCUCAUCAAUCUCUGGCUGAGAAACGAUACAAGGUUGAAAGACCGAAAACAAAAAAAGUGUCGUCGGGAAGUGCCACUGAUCGAAGUGCACCACAAAAAAUGGACGAGGAAAGUGCACCACUUCGUCUUACCGUAUCCAGUUGUGAUGUGAAUGCCGAGGAUGAUUUGCCAGAAAUGCGCAAACUUUCAGUGUAA